AUAAAGGCCUUGCGUUUUCAGUCGCCAUUUUCUUGUCGGCGUCAACUGUCGUAGAAAGUGAGACGGACGCUGCUCAAAAGUAUUGCUCCAAAAUUGGAAUUUCAAAGGGAGUACUUGAUCGAAACCGUUAGCCAAAUGAAUUAAUGGACUGCCUGCUAAUCAAUGGUCAUGGUAGCGACAAAGGUGGUCUAGCUUUCCCUCGCUCCUUCAACUCAAAGAUGGACGACAGCAACGCGGCGAGGGACGAUGCCUGCCGAGAGUAUCAGUCCUCGCUGGAAGACCUGACGUUCAACAGCAAGCCGCAUAUCAACAUGCUGACCAUUCUGGCCGAGGAGAACGUCAACUUCGCCAAGGAUAUCGUCGCAAUAAUUGAAGCACAAAUAAGCAAGGCCCCAGCUACCGAGAAGCUUCCAGUUUUGUACUUAGUGGAUUCCAUUGUGAAGAAUGUCCGAGGAGAGUACCUUGCAGUGUUUGCUAAAAACCUAAUCACGUCAUUUAUAUGUGUCUUUGAAAAGGUGGAUGAGAACACUAGAAAGAGUUUGUUCAAGUUGCGGUCAACAUGGGACGAAGUGUUUCCUCUAAAGAAACUGUACGCUUUGGAUGUACGGGUCAAUUCUAUUGACCCGGCGUGGCCCAUCAAGCCUCUGCCGCCUAUAGUCAACGCCAGCAUCCACGUCAACCCCAAGUUUUUAAAACAGUCUGAAGAGGCUUCCCCGAAACCUACUCCUGUGCAACCGGCAACCCCUGUCACUCCUACGCCUGUGCCGCCACCAGUAAGUCAGUCUAGUCUGACCCAGGAGCAGCUCAUCCGGCAGCAGCUGUUGGCCAAACAGAAACAGCUUCUGGAGCUUCAGCAGAAGAAGAUCGAACUGGAACUGGAGCAGACAAAAGCACAGCUGGCGGGGGGCUUUACAAUUGUAACGCCAACACCAGUUGCAACACCGACCCCUGUGCCGAAGCCAGUCGCUCAGCCCACUCCUGUGGUUCGACCCUGGAUCGCUCCACAGCCUUUGAUCGAACCCAAGUUGACCACCAGAGAUCCACGUUUGAACCGCAUUGGCCCCUCUGCCCCUCUUCAAGGCAAAGAGAAUUCAGCUGUGAAAAAGGAAUCCCCUUCCGCGGUUGUAACUCCUGUUGUGACGCCAGACAAAAAACUGCCGGAGAGGCCAGUCCAUUCAGAAAAGGUGCGGACCCCAAGAAAGGAAGAGGAGAAACCCAAGCUCAAGGCUCCAUCUCCAAUGGCUAAAAACAUCCAAAGUAAGACCAAGCAUGCUGAGGUUGAGAGCCAGAAGUGUACAGACAAUACAAAGAAAGAUACACGGCCGAAGAAACGGGGCCUGGAAAAGGGCGCAGAGGCCAAAGAUGAUGACCAGAAGGAGAAGAAAAAGUGCAACGACAAGCGAGAGGAGUCUGCACGAAGACCUGAAACACCAAGAUCCAACAAAGGAAAACUUCAGAACGGUCUGGUGACCAAACAUGGCCGCAGCCAAUCUGCAGAGAAGACUGGAGGCAACGCUCGGACUCACGCCAGAAAACGUACGCGCUCUCGCUCCAGAUCCCGUUCAUCCACCGCCUCACCCAAAAGGAAAGACAGGAGGUCGCCCAAGAGCCGGACCAGGAGCAGCUCCAUGUCACCUUCGCCAUCCCGCAAGGCGGCAAAAUCCAGGCGAAGAGGUGAUGAGCCACAGCAUGGCAAGAGUGGUUGGGAUGACCGACUGGCACCCAAGAAGAACCAGACAGAGACCAGGAGGUCUAAGACGCCUGCAGAUGAGCGUCGCUCCAAAUCGAGAGACUCUCCACGCAGCCAUGACGGCAACAAGGAGAGCAAAGAUGUUCCUCAUCGCUGGAGGAGUGGCUGGGAUGACAAACAUGCAAAGAUGCCGGACUCCCAUGCAAAACCUGGACCACAGCGACAUAAACUCUAUAGCACCCCAACGCGUCCCACCACCCCACGAACCCCGAAACACCGCCUCAGUGUGGAUGCCAACCUCCAGAUACCUGAAGCUCUCAACUCUGCAUCCAAGAAGGACCUUCUCAGAAGGGCAAGCAAGAGCCUGGAAAAUGGCGAGAUUUCCAAAGACGACUUCCUGAACAUGGCCCACAAGAUUAAGAACUUCUUCCAAUAUCAGGAGGAGAAGCAGCAGCGUGGCGAAAUCUGGGACAACGCUGGCGACUUCACUGCCAAGAAACAGCUACUGCCUGCCCCUCAGCCAGGCUUGGACCAGGCUCAGUUGACAUACUAUGAGCACAAGUCCAAGUUGAAAAAGACGCAGGUCACUCACCGUUCCCCUGGAGAAAACUGGGAGGGUGCGGAGGAGUGCGACGAGGUGAACAGAGCUCGGCAAGAAGAGAGACGAAGCAACGAACAGGAAGAAUCCAGACCUCCACUUGCCCCCAUGGUCGAGGAGUACAACCACGGCAAACAGUUCCCACCGCUAAAAUCUCUCCCUGGCCUUCGCUUCAGGAGGAGGGCUGACCCCCGAGAGUCCAGCGAAAGAGAGUGGAACUCUCCCCUAACGGAACGGCAACGCUUUAAUGACUGCGAGGACCAGAAGAGUGGUUAUGACGCUCCGAGGCGUUACGGCCAAUCUGCUGAUGUCAGACAGCCCGACCCCAGAAGGCUAGAUGGACUCCCUCCAUCUGGCGCCACUGUUCACAGAAACUGUCCAAGCCCAGCUGGUCUGGAUCCUUCCAUCCCCAGGUUUGAGCGUGAACGCUUGUCGCCGCUCCACGGGAAUGAUGUGGGUGACAUGAGCCCCAUUCCUCGUUUUGAGAGUCCCAACAGUGAACACUCGGAUGAUGGACCCCUCAAUCCAGAUGCUCUCCAUGCCCCAAAAGCCGUUCUUAAGGGACCAACUCACGAAGGAUUGCUGUCUAAUAUUCUUCAGCAGAGUGAUUCCCCCGGACACACCCCUCCUCAUGACGGAAGCCACCCACCGUCUCGGUUUGACAUGGGCCCAUCUAGACCACACCCUCCAGGCUGGUACGAAGGUGGCGCUCCAGGGCGUUUUGAGGGGCCAGGCAGGUUUGAAGGAGGCGGGCCUCCUCAUCACAACAUGCCAGAGAGGUUUGACGGACCACACAUGUCUCAGGGUCCAAUGAGAGGUGGGGACAACAUGGGUCGCUUUGAUGGUCCGCUUCACCCUCAGGGCCUUGGGAGGUUUGAUGGUCCCGUAGGUCCACAGGUUCCUACGAGGUUUGAUAGACCGGGACCCGGGCACUUCGAGGGUCCAAUGCCUGGCUUUGAAGCACCACAGCACUUUGACAACAGUCUAGGGCCCGGUCAUGGACCAAUCGGCUUCCAGCAACAGCAGCGACCAAUGCACUUUGACAACCCCCUGAAUCCGAUGCCAGGCCCAAUUUGUUUUGAAGACUCUGGCCAUAUACCCCAACAGGGUGGUCCCCCACGCUUUGAUGGCCCCCAUGGCCAGCAGGGCCCCCCCAGGUUUGCUUCCCAACUCCCAAACAACUUACAGCCAGCUAUGCGACCUAUGGCCCCUCCAUUGUACGACAACACCUUCCCCCCUCAGCAGAACUUCAAUAUGGCUCCACCACCCUUCGCAGAACCCAUGAACCCUCAGUUCCACUCGGGACCAAUGGCAUUUCCCACACAGCCGAACAUGCAGCCUGCUGCAAACUUCAACAUUCUUGGUGGUCCACCAUUCAGCCAGCCGAGUGCCACUCCCUUCUUCAACCCGUCAGUGCCUGCUGUCAACAUGCAGCAGCCGGUUAACGUGAUGAACAUGAACCAGCCAUUCCUACCUCAGAACCCCGCGCCUUUUGGACAGCAAGAGAAUCACUUUGGCCAAGUGGACGUCAAUGACUUGCUGUCCAAGCUCAUCUCUACUGGUAUCAUCAAAGGGUCGCAGCCGGAGACAACAGCCCCCGACAACGAGGUAUCUUCUACAGCAGUACCGCCACCUCCUGCAGAGGAAGAGGAAGAUGAUGAGGCGGAGGAUGAUUUCCCAGAUCUGACCAACUUCAAGGUUGACGACAUGAAACAGCGUUAUGAGAGCGUGGUAACCAAGUUGUACUCAGGGAACCAGUGCUGCCUGUGCAGCAUGAGAUUCACCACUACUCAGACCGACCUGUACGCUGACCAUCUGGACUGGCACUUCAGGCAGAACCAUGCCGGCAAAGUCGCCGGCAAAAAGAUCACACACCGCCGCUGGUACUACAGCCUCGUGGACUGGAUUGAGUUUGAGGAGAUUGCUGACCUGGAAGAACGAGCCAAGAGUCACUUCUUCGAAAAGGAGAACGAGGAGGAGGUCCAGAAGAACCAGGCGGCGGCUAAAGAAAAGGAGUUCCAAAGCGUCAAGGCCACUAAAGACCAAGUUGGAGAGUCAUGUGAAAUCUGCCAGGAGCCAUUUGAGACAUACUGGGUGGAGGAGGAGGAAGACUGGUUCCUAAAGAACGCCAUCAGGGUUGACGAAAAGAACUUCCAUCCUGCGUGUUUUGAAGAUUACAAAAACACGUCCUCGUACCUUGACGUGACGCCGUCUCCUAAUAAGGUGCUGACCGACCACCCGCUGAGCGCUUUCAUAAAGACUGAGGAAGAUGAGACCGAUUCUUCAUGCUCCAUCGCCAUGGCAGCCGCCGCAGCCUUAGUCAAACGUGAGGCCACUUCUGAAGCCGGCGAGUGUGAACAAGCAGUGAAGACGGAGGUGGAAGAGCUUUUAACAGAUGUGCAAUUGGAUGAGAAGAGCCUGUGAACAGCAGCUCAGCUGCACUUUUUCUUUGUUUUUGAAGAAAAGAAAAAAAGUUUGUUGGUCGGCAACUUAACUUGAAUACGUUUUGGUAUUUGUGCCGUCACGCUGCUGCUUGGAGUUUUCAAAUGUUUCCUUUUUGGGUAAAAAUGUAAAUGAUUUAAUUUAUACAUUAAAAUAUUUUUGGAAUCUGUGGCGUGAUUGAAUGCAACAAUGGCUGUAAAUAAUUUGAUAAUUGAUUUAACGACAAGCAGUUGCAGGUGUUGAGUUGUUUGGUGACCAUUAAGGUAAGCAUCAGUCGGUCGAUGGAAGAUCGCCUGCCCAUCAGGAAGAUGCCAGAUGUUUUUUUUUUUCUUUUUCUUUGGUAUUUCAAUAAAGACCUGGAAACUUA